GACGUCCACUGUGCCUAUGAGAAGCUCCGUUCCUGAGCUCAGACAUUUCUGCUCCAGCGUCCUUCAGUUUCCCACAAUGCAAAAGGACGCGAAACCGAAAGUAAGCAGGUCUCCUCCGUCACCAUUACACAUGAAAACACGGAAGCUGAGAGAAGGACAGCAAUUUCGUCUGGACCGAAGCCAGACCGACGCUAACCCAAAAUGAGCAUAACAGAGGAGCAGGAGGGGUGGGACACGGCGUCCCAGAGCAUCUCUCUGGACAUUGAGGAGUCAGACUCUGAGAUGUCUGCUGGCUUUGAGGAUGAGGUCCAAGACCCAAACAUGCACCUAGAGGUUGAGGGGGGUGCUGGGGCCUCCCCAAUGAACGUAUCCCAGGAAUUUGAGAUUGGUGCAGCCGAGCAUGUGUUGCGUAUUGCCCACCUCGAAAGUGGCAGGUACUGGCAGGAGGCCUCAUCACCAGCCCCCAGCUACCAGUCAAUGGAGAGUGACCCUGAGGUCAAGGGCCCUGAGGAGCAGGCCACCACAUCUAAGAAGGAGCUGCUUUCAACACAUACAAAACUCCAACUGGAGGAACCAGACUCGCCUGCCUCUAGCUGCUACUCUUUCAACAGUGAUGACUCUGCCGAGCCGGUCAGGAAGCCAAAGCCUCGGUGUCAGAAACCUCAGCAGAUAAGCAUCCCAGUGCCGCCACCCAGACCAGAAGUUUACAGUCUCCUGGCUCCAUCUGAAAUGAGGCACCCCUCAAUUACUUUUGAUUUCAUGUUCAGUACACUAAUGUCGGCGCUGCGGAGACUGGCACAGGAGGAGUUUGCGCUCUUCAAAUGGAAUCUGCGAAAGCAUUACCCAGAAAUCUUUGACAACUCAACUGAAGAAAAAGAUGUUUUGGACCUGGUGGAUGAUAUACUGCAGAAAUGUAACCUGGAUGGAUCUCUGAGAAUUACCCUGAAGACCCUGACAGACAUGAAGCUGAAGAGCACUGCAAAUUACCUGCAGGAGCUGAUCAAGAGACGUGAAGCACAGUAUGAGCUGAAGCUUUCUCUCAAGAGGAAGUAUGAGUACAUAUUCGAGGGAGUAGCAAAGCAGGGCGAGCAGACAGUCUUCAGUGACAUAUUUACAGAUCUCUACAUCACUGAAGGUGGCAAUGGCGGCAUCAACAAGGAGCAUGAGAUCAGGCAGACUGUGCCACCCAAGAGGGUUAAACGAGAGGUGAUUGUCAAUUGCAAUGAGAUACUCAGCCUUGCUGCUGUUGAGAAGCACCACACACGCUCGGUGCUUUCCAGGGGCAUUGGUGGCAUCGGCAAAUCCGUCUGCGUGCAAAAGUUCAUUCUGGACUGGGCAGAGGACCGUAAUCAUCAGCAUAUAUACUUUUUGCUCCCAAUCCCCUUCCGGGAGCUGAACCUGAUGCAGAGUGGCUCCUACAGCCUUAUGCAGCUGAUCCAUAGUUUCUUCCCGGAGUUGAAGGAGCUUGAGACCCUGGACAGUCAGGAAUGCAAGGUUUUGUUCAUCUGCGAUGGACUGGAAGAGUCUCGUCUGCCCCUCAACUUCGCCUUCAAUGAGUGUUGGUGUGACACAACCCAGCCCACUACAUUGGACAAGCUGGUGACCAACCUCAUCAAGGGAAACCUGCUGCCCUCAGCUCAAAUAUGGAUCAUUUCGAGACCUUUCAGGUCCAGCCGCAUUCCCCCAGAGUGCAUUCAUUGCCUGUUGGAAGUGAGAGGUUUUAAUGACGCGCAGAAGGAGGAGUACUUCAGAAGGAGGCUCCGGGACCCUGAGCUGGCCAACAGAGUGAUUGAGCAUGUGAUUUCGAUGAAAACCCUUCAUGUCAUGUGUCAUAAUCCAGUCUUCUGCUGGAUCAUUGCCACAGUCCUUGAGCGUGCAUUCCACAGUGCAGGUGACAAAGAGGUGCCCAGAACUCUGACCCGGUUUCUCACACACUUUACACUCAUUCAGAUGAAGCAGAUGCAGCAGAAGUACCAUGGGAGACCUUCUGAUGACAAGGAGUUUGACAUAGAUUUCCUUCUCAAAUUGGGGAAGCUGGCGUUCUGGAUGCUAGAGAAGGGAGAGGAGACAUUGUCAGAAAGUCACUGGCGGGAGAGUGGUGUUGACUUUGAUGACACAGUGGUUCAUUCUGGCUUGUGCACAGAAAUUUACCAGGAGGAGUUUGUGAUGUAUCAGUCGAAGUUGUACUGCUUUGUGCACCUGACAGUCCAGGAGUAUCUUGCUGCUGUGUAUGUUUUUCUCUCAUUUAAAGUACAGCAGAAAAAUGUGUAUGAAACACAGUUAGGAAAACUGAGUAGGAUGUUCAAAGAACCAUCCCUGCUUGAUGUGCACAGAUAUGCAAUAGAUAAGGCCUUGCAGAGUGAGAAUGGACAUCUGGACAUUUUUCUUCGUUUCCUGCUUGGCCUAUCAGGGGAGUCCAACCAGAACCUUAUGAGAGAACUGUUGGGCCAGGCAGCAAGUAGCUCACAUGGUACAGAAGAUACUGCCCAAUACAUUAAUGACAAGAUGCGGAAACAUCCUGAAAAAUCUAGAAUCCUGUCUCUCUGCCUGAAUGAGCUGAGGUCUUGAUCAUAGGUUCCUCAUAAGAACAUAUGAAAUCUACAAACGAGAUGAGGCCAUUCGGCCCAUCCAGCUCAUUUGGGGAGAACUCAACUAAUGGCUCAGAAUUGUUAAAUUCUAGCUCUGAUUUAAAGGAACAUAAGAAUAUAAGAAAUCACGGACUUGUCCUUCAGUAAUGAGGUGAUGUGCUGUUCUUGAUCUGACCUGCAUCUUCAGAACUUUGUAGUAGCCGCCUGAAGUAUUGGAGUAGUCUGAGAUUUGAUGAUCUCUACACCUUGUCACCCCCAUAUUACUGUAUAAGUACCAUGCAAAGUAUCAAGUUUCUCUCCAGUGUGUCUGUUACAUGCAUGUGAAAAGCCUUUGAAUGCAAGAAUUGAUUUUAAUUUAAUAGGUGGGGAGUAAAUGCACCUCCAUCUUUAAACUUUUGAAAUGAGAUUAUAAAUGAUUUUUAAUUAAGAAAAA